GUUUGUCGUGCUGUUCUCUGUAUACAUUUUAUACUGUGUGUACUACGGUUCGAGAGAAGGAAAAUUUUUCACUCCUCCUCCCCGAGCCUGACCUGUUGCCAAAUUGGUCGCCGUUUACCAAAUUUUUCCUAAUAGAUCCGCGCCGCGUCAAUGAGACAGAGCUUUUGUAUACAAUUUUUUUUUUUUACAUACAUACGUACAGUACAUACAUUUUAAAUAAUAUAUUACACCGCCGGGCCCCAAGUCUCAGAUCCAACGUGUGUGCUUCGUCGUUUACCUACAUAUAAUAUUGUUUACGUGUGUACUUAUUUAAUAAAUCUAUGCGUCCCUCUUCCGAUUCCGAUUUCAAUUUUUUUCUCAUUAUUUAUUACUCUUUUUUUUCUUUUUUUUUUUUUUUUCAAAAACUCGCUUCCCAAUAAUCGUCGGGCAACUUGUAACCAAUCAAAGUGUCGGGGUUCCAUCGUGCAGUAUUUGUUGAUUUGUGCGUUACUCGUUUAAAUAUUUAUGUAUCCGAAUGGUCGCCAAGUGCUCAUGUGUUUAUGUAUCGUCGAUAAUUUGUUUAAAUUUUUCCAUUAUUUCGCGUUGAUUAUCUACUAAUCGUUUAAACUUCUUUUAUAUCCGCGUGUGUGUGCCUGUUGCAAUUUCUACAUACCGCUGAUCCUGCUGCAGAUUCGAGUAAUUUUUUUUUUUCAACCGCAAGAUAGAUCUCAAAUGACCGCUGUCCAACGAUGACCAUGUUAUCGGGUUCGCAAAAAUUAUACGGCGAUUCGGCGGUGAACAGCGCUGGUGGAGCGAAUUCGUCAGCGAUGGCUUCGACGACCGGCAGCUCGUACAGCAUCAACUCGAUGAGCGGCUGUAUUCCGAUGAACUCCUGCUCACCUCAAAAUUUCAACGGCAACAUGUUAUCUUCAUCCGGAGCUGCUUCGGUAAUGGGUGGCAUGUCAAUGGGCGGAGGCGGAGGAGCCGCCGGAAACUGCAUGACAUCCGGCGGUAUGAGCUACGGCGGUAAUAUGAACUCGUGUAUGGCCUACAACAGCACAUUGGGCGUUUCCAGUAUGACCGGCGUUUCCAGAAACGAACUGAAUACCGAAGACACGUCGCCAAAUUCGGUGACCGGAUUGCAACGCGCCAGAGUGGACAAAACGUACAGACGAAACUACACUCACGCCAAACCUCCUUACUCGUAUAUCUCGCUGAUAACGAUGGCCAUUCAAAAUUCACCUUCGAAAAUGUUAACCUUAUCGGAAAUCUAUCAAUUUAUCAUGGAUUUAUUCCCGUUCUACAGGCAGAACCAGCAACGUUGGCAGAAUUCCAUCAGGCAUUCGUUGUCGUUCAACGACUGCUUCAUCAAAGUUCCCAGAACGCCGGAUAAGCCGGGUAAAGGCUCGUUUUGGACGCUGCAUCCGGAAUCGGGCAACAUGUUCGAAAACGGCUGUUACCUUCGAAGGCAGAAACGCUUCAAAGACGAGAAAAAGGAGGCGAUCAGAGCGACCCAUAAAAGCGUAUCGCCGCAUCACCACCAUCAUUCGCAUCACGACAACGGAUCGACCGGCAGCGAUAAGAAAUCCGUCGAGAAGCUGCAAAACCUGGUCGAGAAGACCGGCGCUAAUAGCGAUCUGUCUAUGUUAGGCUUAGGCAAAGAUACCGAUCCUAUGACUAGUCUACUGCAGCACGCCACCGGCCAAUCGGAGCUAUGCGCUCAGCAGCAUCACCAGCAACAACACCAUCUCGGCGGACUGCAGCAAGAAGAUAUUGCCGCCAUGAUGGGCAGAUGUCAUCCGCAUUUCGGUUUAGGGUCCGCUCCUGAUCACCAUUAUAAUCACCAUCACCAUCAUCACCACGGUAUCAAAACCGAAUACUCGGGACCUGCCAGUCAUCCUUUCUCCAUCACCAGACUGCUGCCGACUGAGAGCAAACCCGAUAUCAAGAUGUACGAUAUGGGUAUGGCGGCCGCGGCCGCAGCGCAGUACGCGCAUCAAUACACGAAUCCGGCCGAGUAUUAUCAAAAUUCGCUCUAUCAUACGCCCACUGGUACGGCGGCCUUGUGACAAUACCCGUUGGCUUGAGGGCCACCAACGUUCGCAACGUCGUCUCAUUGUCAGUCAUCAUUGCUAAUUUACCAACAACGGAUCUCUAAUACGCCAUCUUCCUCGUCUUCUUCUUCUUCUUCUUAUUACUCUAAUUACUCUUCAUACUCUGCAUCGUGCCAGUCUGACGCGAAUUCGGAUUUUUUCACGACGUAAUAAUCCUUUAAAAUACUCGUUCCAACUCUGAAUUUCCUAUGAGUUCCUGUAUUUAAAAAAAAAACCUUUAAUCAACGACUGAAUUCCGAGCUGUAUUAGUUAAUUACCUACCAUACAAAUCGCAUUUAUUUUAAUUACUAGGUAUACCUUUACCUACUACCUAUCUACAUUAAAAAACCGUAAAAACAAACGAUAUAUACCUACAUGAUAUUUUAUUGGAUUUUUUUUAUGACAAUACUUCGCAUCCACUUUCUAUCUAUCUAUACGCAGUUGUUAUACGAAGAAAGAAACAAUUUAUCUAUGUGUAAGUUACUAUAAAAGCUUUUGUUUUUAUUGUUGUCUAUUUUUAUUUAUUAUUUUUUUAUAUAGAGAAAUUUUUUAGACUCGCAUGUACUUUCUUUGUUUAUGAUUUUUUUUGUUCUUUUUUUUUUGUAUUAUCGAUUUCGUAUUGUGUAUUUUUUAAAUUAAUUUCGCCGAUGGUUUUAAAAUUUGUUCAUAUACUUUUUUUUUUUUAAACAUGUUGUUAUUUUCCCCCCUUUUUAUUAUACGUGUCUUACGGGCCUAUAUUUUUAAUCUAUUGUAAUUCGUCGUGUACUUGAUUAUUUGUAUAUUGUAUAUAUUGUAAUUUAAAAACUUUGUUGAUAGGUUUAAUACAAUUUUUUUUUGUUUGUUUUAUAUUCAUCUGUUAUAAAUUUAUCGACUAUAUAUUGUACUAUGUACUUUCAAAUGCGGCGAACAUAACGCGAAGAAAUUUUGCUCAAAAUUGAUCGCAUAAUGAAAAGUAUACGCGAGCUUUUCACGUUCCAUGUUUUUAAAAACUGUUCCUUUAUUAUUUUUUUUUUUUUAAGUGAAUGUCAAGGUGCGAAAAAAAAAUAUUUAGGGGUAUUUUUAUACCGUGUGUAGGCAAGUUGUGAGCGAUGGAUGAUUAAUAUUUAUGUACUCGUAAAUCGUGUAUUUGAGAGAUGAAAGCUAAAAAAAAAUGUCUUCCAUUAUCCCAUGAGCUUUUAGUUACCAUUUUAAAUUAUGGUAGGAGCUGGGUGCACACUGCGGGUAAUUUCAUGGGGUUAUCUUUUUCGACUUGAAGAGGUGAAGGGGAGAGAAGGAGGAGGAAGAGGAUGAGAAAAAACAGCCGAAGUUCUCGAAAACUUGUACAUGUGAAAAUAUAUUUAUACUUGGUUGGAAUUCGUCGAGUUUGAGCGCGUGUAUAAUCGAUUCACAAAAACCAGGCAAAUUUUACAAUGUUACCUACCUUAUAUUUGCGCAUAAAUUGUAAAAUUUCCAAAUUCAAUUGCGCUUGUGCACGUAAUAGCUUAAGAAGUAUACGUACGUAGCCGUAUUACGUUUUCCAUUAGGUAAAAACGAAACGUUCCUGUACCGAAUGCAAACUUUCAAGAGCUCCCAGAAUCAAUAUUUUUGAAAAUUUGGUUCGUUGAAGCUGCGAAAAUGAAAUUGUUCCGAAUGAUUGUCGACCAAUUAUGAUUCUUGUCGUUUUUUGGAAUUUUUGAAUCUGUGUUCCCAACUUGAACUUCAAUUUUUAGUUCAGGUAAAAAUUUUGAAGGAUUUCUUUUUUGUAAAUCUUUAACGCCAACAAUAAAAGUCCUCUGUAUAUUUCACUAAUAUGUAGAUUGAAAAUUCAUUGAAAAAGUUGCAACGUGUUCAAACUAUCCUCAUAGAGUUGAUCAUUUUUUGAAUUAAUAUAGUUCCUCAAUUUUUUGAUUUUAGUAAAUAUUAUUGAUGACUUGCUAAAAAUUAUUAAAGUCUACUUUUUUGCCAAAAAUAGCAAAAAAAUAAACUUAUAUUUCGUCAAAAUUUCCAAAUGGUUUUGUUUCCUGCCAAAAACGGUCAUUUAAAAAAAAAAAAAGUAUUUAUUUUUUUUCCAAAAAUUACCCUUUAGUCUUGCUUAUUUUUGGCCUAAAAAAAAUGCUAUAAAGUCUCACCUUCUAACCAAAAAAGUCUCAGUAUAAUUUUUUUUCCAAUAUAAUUGCCAAAAAUUCAUCUGCACGAAAAUUGUCAAAAAUUCUCAGUUUUUUGCAAACAAUUCCAAAAAGUUUUACUGUUUUAUAAAAAUUGUUCAAAAGUUUCGUUUAUUGCCAAAUAUUUCUUAGCUUUUUAGCAAUCGGAUAGUCUCGCUUUUUUGUUCAAAAUUGCCAAAGAAAAAAAGCCCUGCUCUUGGCUAAAAUUGUAAAAAAUUCUCGUUUCCUCAAAAAUUGACAAAAAUAUGUUUUUUUUUUUUAGCGAAAUUGCUGAAAAUUAUACGUAUAUUUUUUUAAAGAAACGAAAAAAAAAAAUCCAGGAAAAAUUGGUGAUUUUUAAUAAAAUUGUCAAAAAAUGGUCAAAAAGUAUCACCUUUUUUGCCAAUAAUUCUCAGAAAGACCUGAUUUUUGCCAAUAAUCCUUUCCAAAAAUUGACAACGUAAUCUCGUUUAGCAAAAUUGUUAAAAAUUGUGGUUUUUUGGGGAAAAAAAUUUAAAGUGUUUUUUUUUCUCGAAAAAUUGUCAAAAAGUCUCUUUGCCCAAAAUUUCUAAAAGUAUAAAUUUUUAACAAGAAAUAAUUGUAGAUUUUUUUCUGAAAAUGCAAAAAAAAAUACCUAACAGUCUCGUUUUUUUACCUAAAAACUACAAAAAAGACUCACUUUUCGAAAAUAGUUUCUAUGAAAUAAAUAAAUCCCAAAAAUUGGCGUUUCUUGUUGCAAUUGUUGAAUUUUUGCUUUUAAAUAAAAUUACUAAAAAUUUUGACUUUUUUUUCCAAAAAUCAUCCAAAUUGAAAGGUCUUGCUUUUUUGAGCAAAUCACUAGAAAAUAAUCGUCAAAGUAUUGCUUUUUGUCAAAAAUUGAAAAAAAUUCUCGCUUGUUGAAAAAAAUAUCAAAAAUGGCAUUUUUUGCGAAAAAUUUCAAGUCUAACUUUUUUUUAUAAAUUGUCCAAAAGUCUCGCUGUUUUCGCCAGAAAUUGCGAGAAAACUAUUCCUUUCGUUAAAAUCGACAGUCUCGUUUUAUUUUACCAAGAAUUUGAUUUUUUUUGCCAGAAAUUCCAAAAAUCAUUAUCAAAAAAUCUCACAUUUUCAUAAAAAACUUUCAAAGUAAGUAGUUCAACUUUUUAAAAUUGAAAACCAGAACAUUACGUUUUUGGUGAUUUUUUUCUGCAUGAAAAUGUUUUUCUCGCCUUUUGUCACUUUUUCAAGCUUUUUUGUUCUUAAUGUUACUUUUUUUUGGAAAAAAUUGAGAACGAGCCCGGCUUGCGGGUCAUUCUAUGUGAAGUCAGCUCGAUUUUGGGUUCAAAACAAUGCUUCGAUUUUGCUCAAAAUUUUUUGUCCUGAUUCCUCAUGUUCGGAAAAAUGGAAAAUCGCCAUCAUUGACCUCCCCCCCCCCCUUUGGGCAAUUGGCGUAGUUUUAUUUAGCGAAUUUCUCGUCGUCAUGAAAUGCUCGACUUUGUGGCUUGAAUACUUGAAACUGCUGCAACUUGGAUAAGUAAAAUGGUUUUAUGGUUUCAAAAAUAACUGCGAGUAAUUUCAAAAAUAUUCGUCAAAAGUUCAGUUGAGCUUUUUUGAAAGCUCAGUUUUUCAAUACUUAGCUUGCCAAAUCUCGGAGAUAUAAUUUUAAAAUCUGUAAAAAAAUCCAGGAAGCAUACAUUUUAAUCAUGUUAUUUUCAACUAUGAAAUUUUUGAGAUGGGUUUCGUGGGGGGGAGGGGCAAGGAGCCCCAAAAUUUCGGUCGAAAUGUAAAAAAAUGUCGAAUAUCGUGUAACAUAUCGUUUCGUAUGUUUUCGAGAGCGCUGAAUACGAAUAUCAACUUAUUUUUUUGAUUCGAGCCCUCUACCUCUCCCUCCCCUCUUAUUGAUCCCCUAAAAUUUUCUGAAAAUUGGAAAAUCGUGUGACAUAUGGUUUAUUAGGUUUUCGAGAGCGCUGAAUUCGAAAAUCAGCUUAUUUUUUCGGUUUGAUCCUCGCAACGCCUCCAUCGACCUUCAACAUAUUCCUGAAAAUUGCUCGUUUCUUAAAUUUUGAGCCAUUAGUUACGUUGGUGUUGUCUGUAGGCUGAUUAAAAUUUUCCAAACAUCAUUGUUUCAUCUUCUGCAGAUUUUUAUUCUCUAAAUUCGCAAUUCUCCCGUUAAAUUAUCCCCUUUAAUCGCAUUCGAGCUCCUUAAAAUACAUAUUCAAAAAAUAAAAAAAAUUUAAUAUCUACCCCUAAAUUGUAAAUUAGCUGCUCCUCCUCUGAUUAAUCGUUCAUUUGUUGCAUUUGAAAAAAUGAGAGAAAAUUCAACUCUGGGGAAUAAUUUCAAAGAAAAUACUUCUCAUUAAUAUUUAUUUAUAACAAAACUGCCAUUUGUCCAUAUGAAUACCUGUCUAAGUACAUGGUUUGAAAUACGUAAACGGUAAAAUGAACUUUUUACGUAUUUUGCAUGUUCUUCUAUACAGGUUUGCCUAUACCUAUAUACUUAACUACAUACAGUGCAUUUCGACUUGCAUGUAAUAUUUUUACACACGUGAAUGUAUGUUUUUGAAUUUUUUUUUUUCAUUUUUGGAGGUAACCUCUUCGCGUGUACAGUUUUCGGCGUUGCCUAAUACGUUUUUGAAAUAAAUUUUGAAAGGUGAUGAUUUUUAAAUUUUACAUUGUGUAUUUAUAGUAUAAUUUAUUGUACAUUAGUGUAAAUUUUUAUUGUACAUUUUGAUGAAUUUUUAUCGUUAAGUUGUACUCACCAGUUACCUUCCUAUUAUUUCUCAAAGACAUUUUUAUUCGGAUAAUUAUAACUUUUUUUUGGCUUUCUUGAAAUAAAUUUAUUUUCAUGA